CAUACAAUGGCGGGAUUGGAUAAUUACGAAGUGGUAUACCGUGGAAAACCUAUUAAAUCUUGGGAGAGUGAAAGUAACUUUUCGUAUGCAUGCUAUGGACAGGAGGUUAUUCGUCCUUUGGAUGUUCAGGUUGUGCAUCCCUUAGCCGAAGAUAGUCCUCCUGCUGACGAUAUUACUUUAAAAAAGUACAUCGGAGCAGCUUGUGGUUUAGCAAGUUUGAUUACAGAAACAUUAUUAGUUCAUCCGUUCAUUGUCCUAAGGAGACAAUGCCAAGUAAAUCCUGGAUCGACUAAGUAUCAUAUAAUACCAAUUACCUUGGUACCUGUUGUUGUGCAACUUCAUCAGACUCAGGGGAUAAACACUUUAUGGAAAGGAAUCGGAUCAGUCUUGCUUGUGAAGGGAAUGAUGUUAGCUAUAGAAGAUAUCAUUUCUAAAAUUACACUGUGGCCAAAGGAAAUUCCUUGCAACAACUCUCUAAAAGCAUUCGGUCAACAUGUUCUUCUGAAAUGUCUUUCCAUAGGCUUGACUACACCGUUUUAUUCUGCAUCAUUAGCUGAAACAGUACGAGCUGAAAUUGCAUCCGAAAGUCCUGGAAUAUUGGAUGUCUUUCGUGAUGGCGCUAUUCGCUUAGUCGAAGUGAGCAACAAGGGCAGAUUGAUUCCUAUAUAUUCUCUUCUGCCACCAACUAUUGCUUACGGAGUGUCGAAGUAUCUUUUUUCCACGGCUGUACAUGGAGUUACCAGUUAUAUUAUGCAAAGUAGGCAAAAACGCUCCCAAGAAGCACGAGGUGCAUAUAGCAGAGCUUUGCUGUCAGAGGAAGUUAUGUUAGAUAUAGAGCUACAGUCUGCAUUGGUUUCUACAUUUAUGGCAGAUGUAUUGUUUUAUCCAUGGGAAACAGUGAUUCACAGACUUCACCUUCAGGGUACACGUACUAUCAUCGAUAAUUUGGAUACAGGAUGCAGCGUUAAACCGUUAUUGACUGGAUACAGUGGAGCAGGGGAUUGUUACAGUACAAUAAUUUCUACAGAAGGACCUCUUGGCUUGUACAAAGGGUUUGGAGCUCUUCUUUUACAAUUUGCAGUAGAUGUAGUAAUAGUACGAGCAAUGAAAUGGAUUCUGACAGAACUGGGAAGAACAAUAACAUUAAAAUCAAAAGGGCCUCGGAAACCUCCAAAUUGGAAUUUGAACGAAAUGUAGGAGGUAAAUAACGUUUGUACUUUAUUUCCGAUUGGUAAUUCUGAACAUACGAUUAACACUUUUUUCCAUCUACUAAUUGUACAAUUGACCUUAUAGUUGAGAUCAAGUAACAGUGGUAUAUGAUAACUUAAAAUUUUCAGUAAUUCCAAGCAGUUUAAUUUGAAUCAGUUCAUUAUGUAGCAAUGUAAACCUAUUUAAGACAACA